AUGCCGAUUGCAAGCAUUCGUAUCUCUAAAGGAUCAAAAAUUAUCCAUGGAUGGUAUAUUCAUCCAAUUCCUUAUGAAAUGACAAUUCAAGAUUUUUUUAUAAAACUUACAACUGGAGAACUAUCUUCCGAGCGUAAUCUUGACAUCAUAGAUCCGGAAACAAUAGAGCGUAUUGAAAUAAGCAAGACACAAGAUGCAACUGCAACCCAAGUCAGCCCUAACUGUAAUAUUAUAGAAGUUACAACAAAUGUAGGAAUAUAUGUGCAUUUUCGGCUCAAAACAGAUAUAGUAAAGUCAAAUUUGGAACCGCAGCGAAACUACUUCACGAUCCUAAUGCAAAAUGCGCACCGAGCCAAAUUGUAUUUUCCAACCUUCUCACAAUUAGAAAAAUCAAAUCGCAAACUAAACUUGCGUAGCGAUAUUGUUGAUUGGAUUCGGCGUCAUGGUGGAGGAUGGUCUAUACAGUCGUAUGCUGAUACGCAAGGAAAGCAAUUUGUCACUUGUUUGACUGAAACGAUUUGGUAUAUCGAUAUGCGUGAUUACAAGAAAUUCGAAGAUCGUAGUUAUCAUAUACCUGAACUUUUUCUUGAGUUUUUUGGCCGUGCAAAUCCAGAAGCACAUAAACACUCACGAAAACCCUUUGAUGCAAACGAAUUAAAUUUACAUUGUCAAGCCCUAGCUCCAUAUGCUACUUCAUCAUGGAUACUAAAGGAAAAUUUCAAUUGGCUUCGUGAUGCAUUAGAUGGUUUCAUCGUGGCUAUCUCGGAUUAUGUGGGAUUUUUGCAACGCCAACGUGAAAUUACUGCUAUUAAUCAUGCAUCAAAAACACCUGUAAGAACCGUCGAUCAGGCUACAACAGUACAAAUUCAUAAGCGAAAUUUCUGGGUAGCACCCGUAGACAGAACCAAAUAUUAUCAACUUGAACAAUUACUUAACGAUUUACCGCUCUGGAAACCAGUUGAUCUUGAAGAAUUUCUUCCAACAGAUCCUGUACAAAGAAUGCGUUACGUAAAAGGGUUAUCUCAUGCAUUCUCCUUCAAAAUUGGAGAGUAUCGAUUUAACACGGGAAAUAAUGCUUAUAAUGCAAUCUCAAUAUGGAAAAUCGAUGAAGAGGCUAAUGAAGAGAAGAUUUUACAAGAAAAUCAACGAAUUAUAAGUGAAUUGCAGGAGGAUGCACCCCGUUACCACACUCGAGCGAUGCGAAUAAACUAUUUGCGUACAUGUGAAUUGCUUCUCCCAAAGGCUAAGCCUUCAUCACUUCAGACAAUUUAUAGAAUGCUAACCGGUGAUGUCUCUGCAGCUGAGACUACAGAUCAAGCAAAACUCGAUGAGCGUGUUAGAAUCGCUUUAGAUCUCGGGGAUCCAGAAAUAGCAGUUGAUUUGCGUGAGCAUAAUAGUGGGAGACCCGGUAAAUAUGAUGUUUUCUGGGGAGUUGCGGCUCGGUUUCUUGAAGGAAAAGCAGCCAAUGCCGUUACUGCAGUAGAUGAACGCAGGCACGACCCAAUAGUACACCUUGCAACCGCAAUAUCUGUGAAUGAUCUUUUGCAUCAAAUUGAAAAGGAAUGCCCAACUGGAACACCGAUACCUAGCGCACAAUGGUUAAGAUUACAGUUUUGGCCUAAGAAUCCAACACGGCUUAGUAGUUUACAAUUUACUGGUCGUUUACCUUUAAAAUUUAUGGUCCAAACGCGUCAGCUACGUGCUUACCAUCAAGAUGCUCAUUAUGCAUCUGCAAUAUUUCGUUACGAAAAAGAAUUUGCUGUAAAAUUUCGAGAAAUUACAAAUCUUGUUUUUAUGGAUGACAAGCAUCGUUGUAAAGUUGGAGAGCCCGGGUUUCCUGUAGCCGCAGUUGAAAGAGGAAAAAAAGUUGUAGUUAGUAAAAAUACUACAUUUACAGUUGCUGACCAUGAUUACACUAAAACAGGCAUUAUACCAAGCGUAACAAUGAUAUGUAAUAUACCUGAAUCAAUAAACGGUGAUUUCUAUGCAGGCAAAGUACACAUAGGAUUAAAGGAUCCAAUAUUUCAACCUUCCUCACCCCUUCGCCAUGCAACAGAACUAUAUAAUAUAUUUAUUACAGAAGAGUUAGCCGAUAAACCUAUACUAUGUCUCUAUACAGAUGGUGGUCCAGAUCACCGCUGCACAUAUACUCGCGUCCAACUUUCCUAUAUUUGUCUUUUUCUCGCUUUAGAUCUCGAUUAUUUUGUUGCAGUUCGAACACCACCGCAACAUUCAUGGAAAAAUCCCGUUGAGCGCAUUAUGUCAAUUUUAAACCUAGGAUUACAAAGUGUCGGGUUGAUGAGAACCAAGAUGAAUGAUCAAUCAGAAAAAUUAAUAAGUAAAGUCGGUACAAUGAAUGAUAUUCGUAAAACUGCCAAAGAAAAUAAUGGUUUUAAAGAAGAUCUUAUUGAAAGUCUUAAAACCCCAAUUAGCAUGAUCCGUGAUAUGUUCAGCCGUCAGUCCCUCAAAAAUGAGCCAUUCGAAACAUUUAACGCAGCUUCAGAAAUAGAAAUGGAGAAACUCUGGGAAACAAUUCUGCUUUUGGAUGAUAAUGUUCCCUAUGAAAAUUUUACUGCAGCAGAUAUCAAUCAAAAGUGUGGUGAAUCGUCCUGUACUAUAUGUCGGCCUCCUCGUUGCUCUCAAGAAGAAUUCGAGCAGCUGCACUGUCUGCCAGAUCCAAUACCUGGAGAUGAUUUGCAUUACAAGUCAUUUGAAGAAAUAUAUGGUACCCGAACAACAGAAAACCAUAGACCUUCAUUGGAGUCAGAAGUCGACGACGAUACAGAAAAUACCGUUAGUCCUAAUGAAGAAGCUAAUGAAGAAAACAUGAAUAAGGAGGAUGAACCUGAUCAAUCUGAAUCUGAAAGCACAGAAGAAGAAGAGGCGGGUGAAAAUGUAGAAGGGUCCGGUGAAAGUGAAGAAGAAUCUGAUGAAAAUGUAGAAUCUGAUACUCACGGUGAAGAUUCUAUCAAUGAGCUUUUUUCUAGAGUCUUCGUUAAUGACUCUUUGUCUUGCUCUGCAACAAUCGAAAAACCAUACUAUUCAGCUGGGAUUUACCCAGCUGUUUGCAUCGAAUGUGGAUGCCGAGAUGCUAAUAGACUAGCGAAAGAUGAACACCCACGUUGUAGUAACUGUGGCGGUAACUCUAUAAACCCAAGGAAAUCUUCGAUGAAAGCUAAAUAA